AGAGAGGCUCUUCACAGGUGUUUUGAUGUAGCUGCUCCAGGCUGUGGGCUACUGGCGCUAUACUGACGUUUAAAUAGCCCUAAAAUUGACGUGAACGUGAGAUACGUUUCGCUGUCACCUCGUCGCGUAUAAAGGUUGACGGCUGACUACAUCAUGGAGUCCAUGCUCAAUAAGCUAAAAAGCACAGUCACCAAGGUGACGGCUGAUGUGACCAGCGCUGUCAUGGGAAACCCUGUGACUCGAGAGUUUGAAGUUGGCCGCCACAUUGCCAGCGGGGGACCGGGGAUGUGCUGGAGGAUUUACAAUGGCACUAAGAAGUCCACAAAACAGGAAGUAGCAGUUUUUGUAUUUGAUAAGAAGAUAAUUGACAGAUAUCAGAAGUUUGAGAAGGACCAGAUCAUCGAUUCACUCAAAAAAGGAGUUCAACAGCUAACCCGCUUACGACACCCACGCCUUCUUACAGUUCAGCAUCCUUUGGAAGAGUCAAGGGACUGCCUGGCAUUCUGCACAGAGCCCGUGUUUGCUAGCCUGGCUAACGUGCUGGGCCAGUGGGACAAUCUGCCUAGCCCUCUUCCCACAGAUAUUAAAGAGUACAAACUAUAUGAUGUGGAGACCAAGUAUGGCUUACUGCAGAUCUCUGAGGGCCUGUCCUUUCUGCACAGUGGAGUAAAGAUGGUACAUGGUAACCUGUGCCCAGAGAACAUCAUCCUGAAUAAGAGUGGAGCCUGGAAGAUCAUGGGCUUCGAUUUCAGCAUUUCCUCCAGCAAUCCAUCCGACGCUGAGCCUAAAUAUGUAUGUAAAGAGUGGGACCCCAAUCUACCCCCGCUUUGCCUGCCUAACCCCGAGUAUGUGGCCCCGGAAUACAUCCUGUCUGUCAGCUGUGACUCCGCCUCCGACAUGUACUCACUGGGAGUGAUUGUACAUGCAGUGUUCAAUGAGGGGAAGCCAGUCUUUCAGGUCAACAAGCAGGACAUCUUCAAGAGUUUCAGCAGACAACUAGACCAGUUGAGUCGUCUGAGUCCAGGAGUGCUGAGCCAGAUCCCAGAGGAGGUGCGAGAGCAUGUGAAGAUGCUGCUGAGUGUCACGGCCAAUGUGAGACCAGAUGCCGACCAGAUGACAAAGAUCCCUUUCUUUGACGAUGUUGGGGCCGUGACUCUGCAGUAUUUUGACUCCCUCUUCCAGAGAGACAAUUUACAGAAGUCACAAUUCUACAAAGGCCUCCCCAAAGUUCUGCCCAAGCUUCCCAAGAGGGUGGUGGUGUACCGGAUUUUGCCGGCACUGACCUCAGAAUUUGUGAACCCUGAUAUGGUGCCAUUCGUGCUGCCCAACGUGCUAUUAAUAGCAGAAGAGUGUACAAAGGAGGAAUAUGUUCGUCUGAUCCUACCAGACCUCACCCCAGUGUUCAAACAACAGGAGCCCAUUCAGGCCAGCAACAUGAUCUUACUGAUAUUCUUACAAAAGAUGGACCUGCUUCUGACCAAAACGCCACCUGAAGACAUCAAGAACUGUGUACUCCCAAUGGUCUACAGAGCACUGGAGGCGCCUUCCACUCAAAUCCAGGAACUGUGCCUGAAUAUCAUUCCUACCUUUGCUAAUCUGAUUGACUAUCCAUCCAUGAAGAAUGCACUUAUCCCUCGCAUCAAAUCGGCGUGUUUACAGACCUCCUCGUUGGCUGUGAGGGUAAACUCUUUGGUGUGCCUGGGGAAGAUUCUGGAGUAUCUGGAUAAGUGGUUUGUCAUUGAUGAAAUCCUGCCCUUCCUACAGCAGAUACCUUCCCGAGAGCCAGCUGUACUCAUGGGCAUCCUGGGCAUCUACAAGUGCACUUUUACCCAUAAGAAACUAGGCAUCCCAAAAGAGCACCUGGCUGGAAAAAGUCUGCCUCAUUUGGUUUCUCUUAGUAUUGACAACAACCUUAACCUCAAUCAGUUUAAUUCUUUCAUGGCUGUGAUCAGAGAGAUGCUGAGUCGAAUGGAAGCGGAGCACAAGACCAAACUGGAGCAGCUCCAUAGCAUGCAGGAACAGCAGAGGAGCCUGAACCUCUCCAACCAAAUGAACCCUUCAGAAGAGACAAAGAACAACCUAAAUCCACCUAAUCAAGUUCGAGAUAUUGACGACAUCUUUGGUGGGAGCUCAGCGAAUACAGGCGUGAAUGUAAAAGAAAACGGCUCCUCCUCUACCGUCUCACAACCCUCUAGAGUUUCUCUGACUCUGGAAGAGAAACAGCGUUUGGCUAAGGAGCAGGAGCAGGCCGCAAAACUGAGGAGCCAGCAACCUCUGGCACCACAGAGCGUCAAACCUGCCACAACUACCACACAGGCAAAAGACUUGACCAGCAGUCUACUGAACAACAUGACCUCAAUCAACAGCUUAUCCCUGAACUCUGGGCCUCGGACAGUGCCCAUGCAGUCUGGUACACUCUCUUCUGGUUUCUCUAGUGGAUCCACCAUGAGUGGCAUGGGCACCAUCAGUAAUGGUUUCAACUCCACCAUGGGCUUCCAAACAGGAGGUGUGGGUAUGGGCAUGCGGCCAGCCACCCCUAGCCUAUAUGGAGGUAUGGCCACCACCACCAGCACCCCGAAUUUUAGCACCCUCGCCCAGAACCAGAAUCAGCCUAGCAAACCUCCAGACAUGUCAGCCCUGGAUUCUCUCUUCUCUGCUAACAAACCCAAAGUCAGCUUGAACCAAAUGGCCUCCAAGCCUGCCACAGGUGCCGCAGCACCAUCCCCCUGGCUCAACCAGUUCGGUACAGGUCAUCCCACGCAGACUGCAGGCGUGCAGGCAGUACCAUUGGGGAUGCCGGGGGUGCAAGGUGGGUUUGGAAUGCAGGCUAACCCUUUCUUUAACCCACAGAACUUCUCACAACCUGCCACUGCUCCCACCAUGAACACAGGGAUGCUGAAACAGAGCACAUCAGUCAAUACUGAUCUGAAAGAUCUCUUUGGAUAAAAAAAAAAAGAAAAAAAGUUGGACUGCCGUUCUUGUUUCCAUUUGCCUAGCAAAGAGAGCUCUAAACGAAACAAUAUCAAGUGUCGGCGAUAAGAUAUAACAGUGAAGGAGGUCAGUAUAGUCCAUCUUAACGGACCAUUGUUUCAUUUUGUUUUGCGUCUGGUCUAUUUUGAGUAGUGUAUUUCUCGUGGUGGACCUUUUUUGUUGAGCCACAGUCAAUCAGAAGAUGGCCACUAGCCUUAAGCAGGCAGGGUCAUGCGUAUUUCUACAGGUCACACUUGUCUUACUGAUAUCCUGCCUCAGUACUGCAUAUACCGUACGUGAAUGUGUUGUUUUGUUUCGAUCACUCAUCACAUACACUAGCAUCUGGGCUGGAAUUAUCCAAAAUGAGGAGUCAUAAGGCAAGGUGCCGAACAAGGAAAGCGUCCUUCAAUAAGGAAGAGAGUAUUAAUUUCCUUCUCUAUAGGGCUUGGGAAUCAAAGUCACAUUGUGCUGUAUUAUGGGAUCGUUCUGCAAUAUUGGUGGGGUGCGGUCAUUGUGAACAUGCUACAGAUACUCAUAGAGAUUGCUAUUUUAUUUUGGUUUUUCAGAGAUGUCCUGCAUAAAAGUGAAUCAAAUGAAAAGAGGUGUGUCUUAACCCACUCCAGAGUGAUGCUUAAAAAUCUUAUAUGGAUAAAAAUGAACCUUACUGACGGUGUGGAUCCAUACAAACUCCCAAAGUGAAAUGAAUGAAGUCCAUGUACAGUUGAUGAACAGUUAUUCCCCCUCUGCCACUAUCAAAUAUAACUUACAUGUUUUAUCUCGCUGACAUUUCAUACAUUUAAGGCAUUUAACUCACUUAUUGGCAUGUCUCACUCAGUCACUGCCAUAUUUUAGUAGAAAGGAUUUAUAAAACCUUUGAUUUCACUCAGGCACUGACAUAUUUCACACAGUUACUUGCAUAUUUUACUCUUUUACUUUAAUCUUUGGUUCAGCCAAUGACCAAUUUAACUGGAGAGAACUUACACAACCUUUGAUUUAACUUGGCUACUGACAUACUGGUACAUUUUACUGAGUUUUUGGUAUUUUGCUCCCCGCAGCUGAGUAUAUAGGCAGCCUUUUAGCAACACUGUCUGAUAGUUAGUGAACUAAUGACUCUGCUAAGGUACUGUACUAUAGUAAACCCCACUAAAAUACAUGUGAUCUCAUGUGUGGCUGAAGCUCGCACUGAAGAGGGAGUCGGUAUAAAGUCUUGAAACAGACUAGGCUAGGUUCAUCAUAACUUCACCUCAUACCUUUUAGAUGGGAAACAGUUUGAGUUAGAUAGCCAAUGCCAAAUUCAACUUUCAGCAUCAUUUAGUAAAUUUAUUUAAUUAUACCUUUAAAACUAGAUCAAUAAAAUGAGCUAGAGUUUGAUGUUUAUCCACAUUGUUUUUUUUUUGUCUAUGCUAUUUAACAAGAGCUGCAUCCAUCAGUCAAAAUCAAGGAAAGCAGGUAGGGCAUAAAAAUUCAUUCAAAUAUUCAGAACCAGCCUACACUGACUAACCCUGCCACAGUGACGGAUCCCUAUAAGACACUACGUCAUGACAUCACAUUCCCAGGCCUUAGUAACCGGUUAGUAAUCACGGGUUUAAUCUUAUUCAUUCCUCAGUUUCUCUUUGCACUUUUUUUUUUCCCUCUCUGCCACGUUCACUCACUCUGAGUUACCUGCUUAUUUGAAAACUCAAAGGCUUUUAAAUGCUUUUUAUUUGCAAACUAAUUAGAAGAAUACUGCAGCUUUUUUCAGUCUAAUCUCAAUUUCAGUCUAAUCUAAUUUCACCAUGGUUCUCUAUAGGGAUGAAACAAUAUAGAAGCUGUAGCUCAGUGCAAUCUGAUAUUUUUCAUGUAUGUAUCUACCUAUGCCCUAAAUGCUCGGCUAUUCCGGUGUACAACAAAUACAUCGUCAAAUAUUAGUUUAAAAUAUCCCGACGUCUGUCUGAUGUUUAAUAUUUAGGUAUUCAACGUGUUUAUUAAUUAGAUGAUAUUGGUAUCAAGAGAUAUUUGCUUAAGUAUCUAAAUUUCAUUCCAAUAUUAUUGUGCAUCCCUAGUUUGCUCACUUGAAACCCACUUGGUUUCAGCACCUACUUGGCUUCUAUUAUAAUUGUGCUAGGAGUCCGUUGGUUUUCUUUUUCUGAAUACAGGGAAAGUGUCUGUUGUAAUCAAAUGUGCACUACAGGUGCAGCAGACCCAGAUCAGGUUAAAGAAAAACACAAAUAUUUUUGUUCAUCCAGGAGGCAUCAUAAUACUAUUCCACCACUGAGAAGAUUUAAGAUGACUGUCCUUUGGCUUUGUGUAUACAGGCUGUUCUUUGUCAUUUAGCUCAUUUUUUCCUCACACUAAUCAUUCACACCUAGUCAUAUCUUUUGAGAUCCGGUUUGAACCACAUUCCCCUAAGGAUGCUUUUAUUUCAGGAACUGAGCACAUCAGUAGUAUGUAGGGCUGACCUGAAAAGCAUUUUACAGCAUGUUUCUGAAAAGUACUGAAAUUCUUUCUCAAAACCAAUAAAACCUUGAAGAUGGUGAUAGUUGCAUUUCAUAUUUAACCCUAAUUUUUAGAAUGUAUGUUACUGCUGUUCAAAAUAUGUCUAGUAUGUAAGGCAUGUAGCCUGUUGAGUGGAUGAUUCAUCAAACCUGUUGUGCCUCCAUUGUAUACCAGCCACUUGUUGCAACUUUUGCACAGAGCAUUAUUUUAAUCGUCUGUUUCUUUAAAUUGUGAUGUCUUUCUGAGGCAUCUCUGCUCUUUUAGCUUCAGCAGCCACAAUUACAUACAUACAUACAUACAUACAUACAUACAUACAUACAUACAUACAUACAUACAUACAUACAUACAUACAUUCUGUUGAUAAGAUCUCUUGUAGUUUUGGCUACUUUUUUUUUUUUUUUGGAUCUUAAUGUUUCUUUAAAGACUAAAUAAAAAACUUAAACGAACAUAAAUAAAUAUGUGAGUUCAGGUCAGCCCUAGUAAUCUGUUUAAAGUUAUGUAAAUUUUUACCCUGCUGAGUAGUUGGGGUUAAGGAAGGAGGGAGAGGGAGAGGGUCGGUAAUUUCCAACAUUUCUCCUGAAUCUCUGCCUAAUUCAGUUAAGAUGUGAACAAAGUUAUUCAGGGUGGUUUGAUUUGAAAUGCUCUGUUCUAGUGACACUUACUGAAUCUUGUUCACAGUGAAGAGUUUGUCUCCAAAAGCUACCUCACAUAAAGCUAUUUCCUGAAAUGGUUGUAAAUUUAGUUCAUAAUGCCUGAGACAUGUUUAAUACAUGCUCAUGGACAUGCAGAGCAAAACAGAAAAUGAAUAAUUUCUAGAUUUACCAGUUUUACCAUCUUCAACAUUAUGUAUAGAAACUGAGAAGAUGUUUAGAUCCAUUAGUCAUUUGGAUAGUAAAUAAAAUGGCUAUACUUGGGUUGUGAGCAUGAUGCCUGGUUCCCAUCAGUACUGGAAAAAAAAUCAGCGUUGGUUCAUUCUGGAGAAACUCACUAUUUCCCCUCAAACCGCUCUGAAUGACUGUUUACAUCUACUGUACUAGAGUAAACCCUGCUAAUAUCCAACCAUUAAAUUAUGCAGAAAUUUGGAAUGAAAUAUUGAACUGUGAAUGUGAGGGAAUUUAUUUAUUAGUGUUUUGGGUUCUUGUUUUCUUUUUUUGAAGGGGGAUAUUUAUAUUCAUGAGUGUAAUCUGCAGUUUGAGGAAAGGUUCUUUUUUUUUUUUUUUUUUUUUUUAUCAAAUCUGCAGAUGAAAGUGCAUUGAUGGGGCACAAACCAUAAUGGAGUUUGUUUCGGUCAUUUUAAUAAUUAAAUAGAAGUCCUUAAAUGCCAAUAAAGUUGCAUAUAAAUAUAAGAAAUCUUUUAAAGAAAAAGUUAACUGUCAUUGAUGGUAUUUGAUUAGGAAUUUAGUCGUUUAUCUAGAGAUCGAGUCUAUAAUUCACUAAAUAAAACAAAGCUUUACUGGCCUUUAAAAGCUUCAUUAGAAAGGCAGUAUAUGUUUUGUUAGUACCUAUGUUUGUCCGACUGGUGUCCUCUUUGUAUGUAACGUAUGUUUUGUUUGCUGGUUGCAUGUUACUGAUCAUACCUGCACUGGAGCCCAUUGUGACGGUAGCAUCAGGACAGAGGGGGUGGAGGGUUAAAAAAAAAAAAGAAAAGAAAAAAAGGCCAACUGUACCUUUUAAUUCCUCAUCAUGACCAAAUAGAGAAAUAGCUGCAACAUGGUGAGCCAGUCUUCUAGAACUGUGUAUAGUAUUUACAUAUCAUAUUGGAUGAAGUGUAUAAUAUAUUGAGAUUAAUUUGAUAUCAGUUAGGAUUUUUUUUUUUAAUAUAUUACCUUCAGAUCACUUUCUCAAAGGGGACCUCUAUGAGUGUAUGAAUGGAGAAAAUAAGCCUUAUGAAGAGAGGUGUGCAAUAAUAGGUCUUUUGAAGGGGUUUUGUAAAAGGCUUGCUGUGAAUGAGCGUUUUAGCACAUACAGUUUUCAUAUAUGGGCAGUAUCUGGGCUUUGGUUUCAACAAAUAAAUGACACACUGGGUUAUCAUCACUACAGCAAACAUAAAGCAGUUCCAUUGAAUUAUGAGCUGGUUAAGAGUUAAUGUAAGAAAACCUUUGGUGGAGCCAGACCACAUAUUUGUAAUUCAGAAAUUUCUUUAUGGGAAAACUGGACUUUGCCCUCUGUCAAAUGGUCCGAUUCUGAUUGCCAACGCAACCAGUUUGACACCUAAAUGAAUGAAGAAAAACAAAACAAAUGAAAGCCUAUUCUUCUAUCAGAACCUUUAUAUUCUACCAAUGUAAUAUGUGUACAACGUGGCAUCUUUGUGAACUUUGUAUUGUGUUACGAGGUUGUAUUGUCUGAAGUUGAGAGUUUUCAUGAAAAUCUGUAAAUAUUUAUCAAAAUACACAUUGACAUUCUCUUUAAUGCCUUUUGAUCACUUCAUCGAACAGACCGAUUGUGUACAUUUCUAAUUGCAGUGUGUAGUUUUGGUCAGAAAGAAUAGAGUUGAUGAAUAGGUUGAAGGUUUGAAUAAAGCUCUUCAAAUAA